AUGACAGCAGAUACGUACCCUAAGGCCGAUCAUGGUGUCAAUCAGAAAGUCAUCGCAUCGGAGCAGGAGUCCAUCGAAGGCCGUCUGAACAUGAAACAGCAUAACCCCGACUGGACUGGCGAAGAUGUCGAUACAUCCAAUGUUGACCCAAAAAUGACUCUUCGCAAGAUGGACUUACGGUUGAUUCCUAUGCUGGCGCUCCUGUAUCUUCUCUCUUUCCUCGAUCGCAGUAACAUUGGCAAUGCCAAGAUCCAGGGCAUGCAGGAGGAUCUCAAUCUGAGCGGUCCGGAGUACAGUCUGUGCGCGACCGUCUUCUUUUUUACCUACGCAGCGUUCGAAAUCCCAUCCAAUCUACUACUCAAGCGAUUCCGACCUUCUGUUUGGUUGCCAAGCAUUAUGAUUGCGUGGGGUACGGUUAUGACGUUGAUGGGACUCGUUCAAGACUACCAUGGUCUACUCAUCGCUCGAAUCUUCCUUGGUGUUGCCGAAGCUGGUCUGUACCCUGGAGUCGCAUACUAUCUGACAAUGUGGUAUGUUUCUGAAGAGCUGCAAUUCCGACAAGGCCUGUUCUUCAGCGCGGCUUCAAUGGCUGGUGCUUUCUCUGGGUUACUGGCCUAUGCGAUCGCGCAGAUGGACGGUGUCGGCGGCUACGCAGGUUGGAGGUGGAUCUUCAUCUUGGAGGGUCUACUAACAGUGGUUGUGGCGAUCGCUGCAUUCUUUCUGCUGUACGACUUCCCGGACACGGCUGGAUUCUUGACGACCGAGGAGAAGGCGUGGGUUGUGCACCGCCUUAAGUACCAGGGAAGCAAGAGAAGUGGCCGACUGGUGGCCGAGAGUGAUCAGUUUCAGUGGAAAUAUGUUCGCCAAGCGUUGACGGACUGGCAACUGCAUCUAUCCUUCUUCAUGUAUUGGGGAAUAGUCUGCCCGCUCUACGGCAUUUCACUCUUCCUUCCAUCAAUCAUCAACGAACUAGGCUACGUGGCCACUACCGCCCAGCUUCUCACCAUUCCAAUCUACUGCACAGCAGCCGUCCUCGCCAUUGUGGUCUGCGGGCUUUCAGACCGUGCAGCCAAGCGUGGCGCCUCACGAUGGCCAUUCGUCUUCGUUCCCAUGACGGUCAUUCUGAUCGGCUUCGUCAUGGCCAUCAGUGGCUCCGCAAAAGGCGGCGUCCCAGGCGUAGUGUACGCUGGAGUCUUCAUCGCCACGUGCGGAAUCUAUCCCGCCUUCCCCGGCAACAUCACUUGGAUAUCGAAUAAUUUGGCCGGUAGCUACAAGCGUGCAGCAGGCAUGGCGUUCCAAAUCGGCAUUGGCAACCUGGGCGGUGCCAUGGCUAGCAACUUCUAUCGCAAACAGGAUGCGCCAAAGUAUAUCCUGGGCCACGGGCUGGAGAUUGGGUUCGUGGUUGCUGGCAUGGCGGCCUGCGUGGCGCUCAGAGUGUGCUAUGGGGCCGCCAAUGCGAGGAGGGAGAAGAGUGACGAGGCUGAGCGGUUGACAGAUGAGCAACUGUCUCAGCUAGGCGACAAGAGUCCUACGUUCAGGUAUACGUUGUAG